AUGAACAAGAAGGAGGAUGUGACCGCCCCUGGCGAGGGGGUGGACGUCCUCGUCCAGCCGCUUCCGCACCCGUCGCGUUCCGCGGACUUCUCCGGCUUCGAGUUCCCCGAAGCCGCCUUCCAGCAGCAGCAGCAGCAGCAGCAGCGGCAGCAGCAGCAGGAGCAGCAGGAGCAGCAGGAGCAGCAGGAGCAGGAGGAGGCCGCGAGGGAGCCGCGCGAGGGCUCGUUCCCGAGCGGCGGGCCCGGGCCCGCGGGCGUCCCCCCCGCGCCGGCGCCGCUGCACAGCACGGUGCCCUGCAGCAGCAGCAGCAGCAGCAGCAGCAGCAGCAGCAGCAGCAGCAGGGCGCCGCCGCAGGUGAUGACCGCGCUGGGGCCGAUGCCGCUGCCCGCGGAGAUCCGCAGACGCAUCCCCGAGAAGUUCGUCGCGCGGCCAAUCGUGGAGGAGCGGGAGAUUUACAUCGCGAAGAAAGAAGUGCAAGAAAGAACCAUCGAAGUGCCGCACGUGCACUACGCGCACAAGUUCGCAGAAGUGGCGCGGAGUCUGAAAGUCAAAAAGAUUGUUCCGAAGGUCACGGAAGUGCUCAAAGAAGUGCCUCGCGAGGUCUACAAACCCGUCGUCGAGGAGAAGGUCAUUGAGGUGCCGCAGGGGGUCAAGUACGUGGAAGUGCCUGUGGAAGUGCCGUGUCUGUACCCGCCCAAGAUCGUGCCGCGGCCCAAGGUGCAGCUGGUGGAGCGGGUGGUCCAGACCAUCCGACCAGUGGUCAGGGAGGCCCUCGUCGAGGUCCCGCAGACGGUGGUGCGCCAGGUGCCCAAGGUCAAGACUGUGGAGGUGCCUUACUACGUGCCGCGCUACGUGGAGAAGGUCAUCGAGGUGCCUUACCAGCCCCCCGCUGCUGCUGCUGCUGCUGCUGCUGCGCUGCCGCCGAUCCUCGCCGGCGCGCUGCCUGCUGCUGUGGCUGCCGACGCGCCGCUGCCCUUCCAGCUCGGGCCGCUGCCCCUCAGCAGCUGCGGCGCCAUCAGCCUGCCCUACGAGGCCAAGAUCGACGUCCGCGUCGCCCAGCACCCCCACCUGCUGCAGCAGCAGCAGCAGCAGCAGCAGCAGCAGCAGCAGCGCAACCCCGCGGCCACCCUCCUCUCCCCCGGCGGCGGCAGCAGCGGCAGCGCCGCCGUCGAGCUCCUCGAGGGCUUCAGGUGGGGCCGGCCGCCCAACGCGCCGCCCCUCAGCCCGCUCUCGCCCUUCUGCCCCGCGCCCGCGCCCGCGGGCGCGGGGGGCCCCCCGGGGGCCCCCGGGGGGCCCCCGGGGCCCCUCCAGCGCAGCGCCGCGCCCGACGGAGACCCGCGCAUGCGCUACAUGCCGCCCCUCAUGGUGACCUGCCCCCCCGAGGUGGGGCAGGUCAACUUCGCGGGCUUCGUCGCGGAACCCGACAUCUUGACGCGCCAGGGAGUCAUGGCCUACUCCGGCUUCCGCAGCCACGGGAACUUCCAAAUGCUGUUUCCGCCGCUGCCGCCGCAGCCCGGCGUGCCCAUGGACCCCCCCGGCACGCCCGAUGUACAGACACUGCAGCAGGCCCACGCCUACUGCCCCGCCGCGCAGCAGCUUCCCGCGCUGCAGCAGAAGGCCCGCGACCUCGAGCGGGAGUACCGCGAGCCGAGCCCGGGCUGCUGCGGCCCCCAGGGGCCCCCCGCCGCCGGCCCCGUCUACGAGCAGUGA